CUCUAGGAACCGAAGAGUCAGUCUCAAGUAGUGUAGUGUAGUUGAGUGGAAUCGAUGGAUAACAACGCUGCGCAAAAUGUCGCCGAAGGUAAUGCCUCAAAACCUCCGAAACUUUUAAUAAAAGGAGGAAAAGUUGUAAAUGCCGAUAAGACGGAAAACGUAGAUGUUCUUGUUGAAGAUGGCGUGAUCACGGACAUCGGAUACGAUUUGGCUGCUCCUCCAGGCACUAUGGUCAUCAUGGCUGAUGGCAGGUACGUCAUACCCGGAGGCAUAGAUCCACACACCCAUCUCGAGUUCGAAUUCAUGGGCACCAAGUCAGUCGAUGAUUUCUACAAAGGGACAAGAGCUGCUAUCGCUGGCGGUACCACCAUGGUCAUCGACUUCGCAAUUGCUCUUCCUGGUCAAUCUUUAUUGGAAGUGUACGACAAGUACAGAUCAAUGGCUGAUCCAAAGGUGUGUUGUGAUUACGGACUGCAUGUUGGAAUCACCUGGUGGUCUAGGACUGUCAGCAAAGAAAUGGAACUCCUCUGUGCGCAGCAUGGCGUCAACUCCUUCAAGCUAUUUAUGGCGUACAAGAAUAUGUUCAUGGUAGACGACGGUGAGCUAUACGAAGCAUUUGCAAGAUGCAAGGAACUCGGGGCUGUGGCGAUGGUUCACGCUGAAAACGGACACGUAAUAGAGAAGAAUGUGCACAAACUGAAGCAAGCAGGCGUGACCGGACCGGAAGGGCACGAGAUGUCGAGACCUGAAGAAGUCGAAGCAGAGGCAGUGCAUAGAGCAGCCAUGAUAGCAUCUCAGACUGGAUGUCCACUUUACGUUGUUCACGUCAUGAGCGAAUCGGCAGCAAAAGUCAUAGAGGAAAGGCGUAACGCUGGUCAGACUACGUUGUUCGGGGAGGCCUUGGCUGCUGGACUCGGCACUGUUGCUCCGGAUGGCAAGUGUUCCUUUGAAGUAGCUGCCGCCCACAUCAUGAGUCCACCUCUGAGGAAGACCAGGUCGACACCUCUGGCGCUCAUGAAGGCACUGGCUUCAGGAGCUUUGCAAACCACGGGAACCGACAACUGUACAUUUAACAAAAACCAGAAAGCAUUAGGCAAGGAAGACUUUACUAAGAUCCCCAACGGAUUAAAUGGUUUAGAAGACAGGAUGUCCGUCAUCUGGGAUAAAGGUGUCAACACAGAUAUAAUUGAUCCCCAGAAGUUUGUAGAAAUAACGAGCACUAAUGUGGCUAAGAUAUUCAACCUCUAUCCGAAGAAAGGUUGCAUCGAAAUCGGGUCCGAAGCCGACAUCGUCAUAUGGAAUCCAGACAAGUCUAAAAAGAUAUCAGCUACUACCCAUAACCACGCGUGCGAUUUCAACAUUUUCGAAGGGAUGGUGGUGCGAGGAGUGCCUGAGACAGUCAUCGUCAAGGGAAAGGUGUGCUACCAGCACGGGCGACUGAUGGACUCGAAAGGCCACGGCUCGUUCGUCCCCUGCCAGGUGUUCCCUCCUCAUGUCUACGGCCGCCGCGAGGGGAAGUACCGUCCGGACGCUGGCGACUGUGGCAAGGCCAAGGACACCCAAUACUGCCUCAACACCCUCAACUUCCCGGAGAGGCAGCUCCUCACCUCCGCACUGCAGAAGGCUGCUCCCACAGCCCAAAGAGGAUGUCUAAAACUGUUCAAGGUAAGUUUCACGUUUUCUCUACCAUUAGUAACGAUUGAAGGUUUUAUUCAAACGAUGGUACCACUCUACAAGUGUCACUCCACCUUAAUUAGUAGGUCAAGAUCACAUGGUCACGAAAAUUUACUACGUAUUAACAGUUAGUAUUUACCGGCAUCGCGAUUUACAGAUCAACAUCGGUUCUUUUCAGUUAAAAUUGGGAUGUUAAUUGGCUCUAAUUACAUCACUUCGAUUUUCGUUUGCUAUGCUCUCUCAUAAUGGGUAAACAAACCCCCAAAGAGUUCUUUUUAAUUGAGGUCACAGCUACAGAUGGUCAGAUGAAUCAAAGAGUCGACUACUCUGAAAGAAUUGUGCACUUAAGUGAUACAAAAGAAUCCCGAUUCACUCGCAAUAAGUUGAUUUUAAAUUCUUGAGAACCAAAGAAGUUCCAGAGGGGUGGCGGAUAGAUUCUCGAUGAUACCACAAGU